AUGGUACGAGGCGCCGCGAGGGGCAGAGGCCAGCUGCCUCUAAGGGAGCGAGGAGAGAGAGGCCAGAGCGGAGACCAGCUGCCUUUAAGGGAGCGAGGAGAGAGAGGCCAGAGCGGAGACCAGCUGCCUUUAAGGGAGCGAGGAGAGGGAGGCCAGUGCAGAGACCAGCUGCCUUUAAGGGAGCGAGGAGAGAGAGGCCAGAGCGGAGACCAGCUGCCUUUAAGGGAGCGAGGAGAGAGAGGCCAGAGCAGAGACCAGCUGCCUUUAAGGGAGCGAGGAGAGGGAGGCCAGAGCGGAGACCACCUGCCUUUAAGGGAGCGAGGAGAGAGAGGCCAGAGAAGAGACCAGCUGCCUUUAAGGGAGCGAGGAGAGAGAGGCCAGCGCGGAGACCAGCUGCCUCGAAGGGAGCGAGGAGAGGGAGGCCAGAGCGGAGACCAGCUGCCUUUAAGGGAGCGAGGAGAGGGAGGCCAGUGCAGAGACCAGCUGCCUUUAAGGGAGCGAGGAGAGGGAGGCCAGUGCAGAGACCAGCUGCCUUUAAGGGAGCGAGGAGAGAGAGGCCAGAGCAGAGACCAGCUGCCUUUAAGGGAGCGAGGAGAGAGAGGCCAGAGCGGAGACCAGCUGCCUUUAAGGGAGCGAGGAGAGAGAGACCAGAGCGGAGACCGGCCGCCUUUAAGGGAGCGAGGAGAGGGAGGCCAGAGCAGAGACCAGCUGCCUUUAAGGGAGCGAGGAGAGGGAGGCCAGAGCAGAGACCAGCUGCCUUUAAGGGAGCGAGGAGAGAGAGGCCAGAGCAGAAACUAUCUACUAUGGUACUAG